UUCCAAAUUAUAAUGACUUGAACAUACAGAGAGAUAAAAAUCGUUCAUGUUCAAAGGUACCACCUCCGGUAGGUCACAUGCCAGAAAUACAAUUUCCUGGAAAUGACUACCAGGUGCACAUGUAAAUGUUAAAUUAACAAGGAGAAUGAGCAAAUACAGAUAAAAUUGCAUAAACACCAAAACAAAAGGCAAAAUGCAAAAGGCCAAAGGCCCAAGGCAAAAAGCAAAACAAGCAAAGUGGGUUGAUACCACACCAAGAGCAAAGAGCUCAGCUUGAUGCCACACAAAGAGAAUGACAUCAUUUGUCACUGGCAAGGCAGCGUCAGACAAGGAAGUUAGAGCACAACACAGCUAUCUAGCUAUUCAUACGGUCAAAUGUGGAGUUGGCCAGAGACAUUAUCACGACCAGAGCUGGCCCCUUUGUGUUUCAGAGAAAGGUUUGAAAAUUGCGAGUCAAGGUCUCUACUUUUGCUGCGUCGAUGGCCAGAAGAUGGUUGAUGUUGCUGUUGAUACACAGCUCGUAGCCUCCCAAUCUCUUUCUCCAAUACCUCAUGCUCCACUGAACAUGGCAUUGACUAUGAUUGUAUUAACUAUACACAUUAAACUUAAAAUCAGUGGACUAUCAGGAAAGGCCAAAAUGUCCUGGCAGAAACUAAUGUCCUCAGGCCAACCCAAGACCAUCUCUACUCAGUUUGUAGCAAAGCAGGCCAUCUAUUGCUGA